AUGGACCCUCGUGGGUCUCGGUUCUUGGACCCAUCCUCUGCGAUGGCGGCCAUAACCAAGCACAAAGUUGAGGCAAUCAAGCUUGCUCGAGAACAAGGAAUUGCUGUCCAAGAGAUGUGUCGACGUGCGAAAACUGAUAUUCCACCGUACGAGUUUGAAGAAUUGAUAGGCAAAGGCGCCUACGGUCGAGUCUACAAAGGUCAUGAAACAAAAUCGGGUCGACUGGUUGCUAUCAAGGUUCUAGAUAUUGAUUCUCUCGACUACAAGUCUUUACGAGAUUUCAGGGAUGAGUCGAUUAAGGACUUCAUUCACGAAACAAAGGUUAUGAAGCAAGUCAAGGACGCUGGGGCAAAGAACAUUAAUGAGCUCAUCGAAGCCAUUUCUAUCCAUUCACAAUUGUGGCUUGUUUGCGAGUACUGUCCGGGCGGUAGUGUUCGUACACUGAUGCGUGCAACCGACGACAAACUUGAUGAAAAAUACAUUAUCCCCAUUGCGCGCGAGUUGGCCGUUGGUCUCCGCGCUAUUCAUGAGGCUGGAAUCAUCCACCGUGAUGUCAAAGCUGCAAACAUCUUAAUCCAUGAAGAGGGCCGGCUGGAGAUCUGUGACUUCGGUGUCGCCGGUGUUCUUCAAUCACAACGAGACAAAAGAUCUACUUGGAUUGGAACACCACACUGGAUGCCACCAGAAAUGUUCUCAACUCGGGGCGAGGCUCAUCGUUACGGAAGCGAGAUCGAUGUGUGGGCAUAUGGGUGCACGCUAUUUGAAUUCGCAAACGGCAACCCACCGAACUCGGGCCUGCGAGAGCGUAUGCAAAUUGGCCGCCAACUCAAUCGAAACACACCCAAACUCGAUAGCGAUAGGUACAGCCAAGGCUUGAAGGAUCUCAUCGCUUUCGCUCUUGAUUCCAACCCCGCAACCCGCCCCACGAUGGCAGACAUUCUAAAUCACCCUUACAUUGCCGACACUGAUGAGGAGUAUCCCACCUCAAUUGUCAGCGAGCUGGUGCGAAACUACUACCAAUGGUCUCAGCGAGGAGGCCAGCGUAUUUCCUUGUUUCACCCAGGCGGUGCGGCGGCAGCAGAACUCCCUGGUGCCGAAGAGUCGGAUGACGAUUGGAACUUCAGUACAACAGAUGGGUUCGAGCGAAGAUUUUCUGUCAUUGAUCUGGAUCAAAUCGCUGCCUCUUUGGCUGCAAUGGAACAAUCAGUCAGUCCGACCGAGACAGCCUCUGACCAAGAUUUUAUUGAUGAAGGCUCCGAGGGCGAAAUGAAUUAUGAAGACAAGGUCAAUUUCGAUGAACGUGUGCGCCGAGGCGCCGAAGCAAUGCAAGGACUUUUCGACGAGGAAAAGCCAAGCUACGUUUACGAAACAAAAAAUGACUUUGUCCCCAUUGAGCCCACCCCGUCCAACUCAGAUCUGCCUCUCCGCACAGAUACAGACCGCUCUUCUGUCACAUCAACCUUCAUUGACAUUGAUAUCGGCUCCUUCGAGGCAUCCCAUUAUGCGGCGGGGGCGCCUGCUGCCCAGCCUUUUCAACUGGUCGAUGCAGACACUAUUCGCGCGAAUCGUUCCAGUAUUCGCUUGAACAGAAAUUCCAAUGAGAACAGCUCGAAGUCUUCCGAAAGCGGCGUUGAAAGCGAUGGAUCUGCGUCUAUCGAUGAUACAUUCCAGCCGUCCGGUCCACGACCACCCACUAUGGACUGGAAAUUCCCAGUAUUUAUGCAAACUGACGAGGACAAGCCAGCCGACAGCGAAGAAACUCAUGAUCAAGACCCUACCCCGGCUCCUGGGCAGGAGUCAAUUGAAGAAGAGUCCCUCCAGGCCGAAAAGCGUGCUACUAUGGAAUGGACAUUCCCAGUCAUGGGAUCCGUCCCCGAGGAACAGGCCUACACUGAUCGCCACGAUACUCUUCGUGCACCUCUUCCUGGGAUUCAGCCCAUCCCGGAAUCACAAUCAAUAGACGAGCCUGAUGAUUCCCGUCCUUCUACGUCUGCCUCCAACGCCCACUUCUUCGACCGCGAGCUCCCUGCAAUGAUGGGCUCAGCUGGCUUUAAUGAGUACGAGUCUUCAGGGCUUCUCGACGGCCCGGGGCCCGAUGAAAUAUCCCAGCCUGUGUGGCGAGACUCUACCGACGGUAGCACACCACCUCUACCAACGGCCAUCCCAAUCCCCGAAACCCCCACUGCGUCCUCUGUGAUUUCUGGCCCGGUCUCGGAGCCCGGCUCUCCGGUCUUCGAAACGAUUCGCAAUGUGCGACGAGACCAGGAUCCAGAAGUCACGACCUCAAGACCUGAGGAAGUUGAAACCAUCCCCUUCCCAUCACUCGUGGCACCCAGCGCUGCGAGCUUGAUGGAGGGUGCUGAUGAUGCCGCUGUGGCAUUUGAGCUUGAUCGGUUGCUGGGCGACUUCCUUGGGUCUCUCUCGGCCACGAGCAAGGCUCUCUCGAGAAUCGCUGUCACCGGAACCAAUGGCUACGAGGCUGAGUAG